AAUUUCUUCUUAGAGCAGGACUGGUGAUUGAAAGAGAAACUUACGACAAUAAGAAUGAAUAUUUAAAGAUUUUUGCGCCAUUCUCUUUGCUUUGUGAAAAUGCUCAAAGUAUGAAACUCAAGUUCCCCUUGAAGGUUCACCGUAUCAUAAACGUAGCCAGUUACUCUGAUUUAAAAAGUUACGUCAAUAAUGAAAUAUUCAAAAAUAAGUACGAACUAUCAAAGCUUAUAAGUGAUAAAGUCUUCACUGGAUAUUAUCCUCUUCAUGAUAAGUCAAAAAAGAGCUUGGAUAUAUCUUUUCAUGAUAAAUCAAAAGAGAAUUUGGACGAACCUUUUCAUGAUAAGUUAAAAGAGAAUUUUGACAAACCUCUUCAUGAUAAGUCAAAAGAGAACUUGAAUAAAGAUCUGACAGAAAAUACGAGAAUAUUUUGGAGAAAAGUUG